AGCGAUCGUCAAGAUUGAUUGGGAUCUCGUGCUUAUGUCGAAUUGGUGUGAGGUAUUAUUAUGCUUUCGUUUAUCUUUGAACUCAACAAAUGGAAAACCAGAAGAACCUUCAACUCUUGUAGAAGUGUAGCUGAAGUUUCCACCUGGAGGAAGCUUUCUAUAUUUUGUGGGUUGAAUAGAAGCGACUUUUCCCUGAUUCGGCUUCCAGAGUCCAACGUUCAACUAGUGCAGGAUAUUCAGGAGUCUUGUAAAAGUGCAAUAUGUGACGGAUUGAAACUGCUCGAGGUACAAUUUCCUCCCUUAAAGAAUAUUGGAAGUGCUGCUUUGAACCAAGUGAUGGAUGCCAAUAGGACUUUUGCAAAGAGUGUCGUUCAACGGUUUCCUCAUGUGUCUGGAAAUGGAACAACGUUUGUAGUAUUUCCUGAUGACGCUGAGUCGAAGUUAGCUCGAGAAGAUCGUGACUUCAGAACGUUGGACUCUGUGUUUAUUACAUCUUUGCAAAGAGAUAUUGAUUUACAAGAUGCUUCACUAGUCGUUAUCCUCAAUCCUGGUUUUCAAGUACAAGAAUGGUUUGAAGUGGAGCGUUUCUGUAACUAUCAAGUUCCUGUCAUUCUCUUCAACGCGGAUCUAGACAAGUUACGUGGAGGUUACUAUCCUCGAUUUCUAUACCCCAAAUUGUACGCCACAAAGGAUAAAUGUCUCACGAAAUUUGAACCCGUUUACUAUGUACGGUUCUUUGUGAAUGGAGCGCUCAUUCGUCGUUAUCCAAAUCCUUGGCAAAUUGUAUAUGAAGAGGAAGGCUGUUUGUAUUGUAUUCUGGAAAGGAAUGAAAGACCUGACUUUCAAACAGUCCGAAACUCUUUGAACCAAUUUCGAAGAUGAUUAGAGAAAAGGAAAACCUCUUGUCAUUUUGCUUUAUCAACUUUGGAUCAACGUACUGUUUUGGUUUACAUUAUUUUAUGAGUAUUAUAGGCCAAAAAUGGAAUACUUUCGAGAUAAUUCUAAUCGCUAGUAUGAAACAAAAGCAUUUCAUUUCUAUAAGAUGUUUUCAGUCGAAGUUUUUGUACAGUUUUGUGAGCAACAAUGGUUUUAUAUUUUAUGUGCACCAUCAUACAUUGACGUCAUAUAAAGUUUUUUGGAUAGUAUCUCAAAUGAUUUAGC